UUUAAAUGUUUUGGGCGUUUCGUGGCCUACCGUUUGGUAUUUACUUUAACAGAUCAUGUGAUCUAAAAAAAGGCUUCUGUGUGGAUAUCUGACAGAGGAAAUCGAAACGUCGCCAUCUUUGGUUGGAGAGAUUCGUUAAAUGUCAACUAACUUAAGUAAAAGUAUCUGACCAUGGACGAGCGCUGGGCCCAGGAUGUGGUUCGGUGUCAUCUCUGUGAUAUCUCGGGCCCCACUAUGUACUGUGACAUUUGUCAAAUACAUCUGUGCAAAGAAUGUGUUGGGGAACAUCUCUCAAGCGAAUUUAAAGACCAUAAAGUAGUGCCAUAUAAGAUGCGUGGAUCUACAGUAAAAUGUCAAAAACACUCCUCAAAAAUAUGUGAACUUCAUUGCGUACAAUGUGACAUUCCUAUUUGUGCAACAUGCGUUUCUUUAGAGGAUCAUAAAGACCAUAGAAUUGUUGAGUUUUUAAAACACAUUGAAAACAAGAAGGAAGCAAUACGAAGAGAUUUAACAGAGUUUGAGCUAUCCAUUUAUCCAAAAUAUAAAGAGAUUGCCUCUUAUAUUUCAGUUCAGAAAGGUAACAUCAAUACCAAUUCUAAGAAGUUGACAACAGCUUUGGACAAACAAAAAGAAGACUUACAAAAAGAAAUAGAUGACAUUUUAAGAAAACUAAAAUCCGCUCUUGAUAAAAUAGAUUCGAGAUACUUAGCAGUUCUAAACAGACAGGAAGACGAAAUAGCACAAACCAUUUCUAAAAUUACACAAAACAUUGAUAAUUUGAAUAUAUUGCUGAAUUCAAAUGAUGCCAGUCUGGUCUCUGCUUACAAAUCAAUGAAUGCUGAAUUCAGAAGUUUGCCACCUAAACUCACGAUUUCCUUACCAAGCUUGACUUCUCAGAAGAUCAACAAAGAACAGCUUUAUCAACAGUUUGGUUCUCUGUCAGCAUUUUGUAUAACAUCCGAUGAUUCUGGUUACACAAUAGAUUCACCUGAUGCUGAAACAUUGCCCUCAGAAAGAUCACUCCUUGAUGAACCACGGAUCAUAACAGAAAUAAAAACUGAGUAUGACGACAACAAUGAAUUAUACAGCGUUUCAUGUCUAAGCGAUGACUAUAUCUGGACAAGUGGAAAUGAAAAGAUCAUGAAACUCGUUAGCCUCCAGGGAAAACUAGUAAAGGAAAUAGAAACCAAUUCACGGACUAGACCAGGAGACAUAACAGUGACAAACGGGUAUCUAGUUUAUACAGAUUACAAUGAAAGAGCAGUGAACAUAUUAAAAAAUAAAAAGUUGAAUAGAGUGGCCAGACCACAGGGAUGGAGACCUCGUAGUGUAUGCAUUUCUUCUACCGGCGAUUACCUUGUUGUCAUGGACAGUGAUGAUUAUCAGCAAGUAAAAAUCGUGCGUUACUCGAGCUCAGACUUCAAAGAAAAACAAUGCAUUCAAUCAAAUGAUAAUGGCGAGCCACUUUAUUCACUUGGCGAUUUCUCUAAGUAUAUCAGCGAGAACAAGAACCUUGACAUCUGCGUAGCUGAUUAUGGAGCGGCAGCAGUAGUGGUGGUCAAUCAGGCCGGGAAAUUGCGGUUUACCUACACUGGUCCUCCCUCUACUAUCAAGGAAUCAUUUUGUCCAGUCGGCAUCACUACCGACAGCCAGAGUCGGAUCCUGACCGCCGACUAUUGGAACAACCGCAUCCAUAUUUUUGAGCAGGACGGACAAUUCCUCCGUUGCAUUGACGACUGUGAUAUACAGCGUCCAUGGGGAUUGUGUGUGGAUUCCAAAGACAACCUCUUUGUUGCUGAAUGUAAGACACGUAAAGUGAAAAAAAUUCAAUACUAUGUUUAGAAAUUAAAUGUAUAUAUUGAAUAAAUGCACAUAGCCUCGUUUUAAUACUGUAAAUUGCGUAUUAUUUACUUUGCUGUGGUUUUCUGUUGUAUUUUAUGCUAUAAUGGUUUGGUGGUAUUUAAUAAAUUCAUCAAUAAUAUUUUUCUUAAGUUUCUUAGACAUAAUUUCAAAUUUUUAGAUUAUGAACCAGUGGCAAGAAUAUUAAAAGAGUGGUUCAAUAUUUGAAAAACUAAUGUUUAAACUCCUAAGGAGUAAAUGAUAUCAAACAUGUCCAGCAAAUGGCAAUAACUUACGGUGUUUAAUUUCAGUUAAUUUAUAAUUACCACACGACGAAACAUUAUAUGUGUUGACUAUAUAAUCUUCGCAUACAAUUUGAUAAAUGCUAUGAUUUUUAAUUUCUUUGCACAACUAAAAUCAAACUAGAAAAUAUCAAAUAGUUCUUUUUAAAGUUUUUUUUAGUUUGAUCCAACUUUCGAAAAUUCAAACACUAAAUUGUCAUUGAAGAUCUUUAAAUUUCACUUAUGUUCCAAAGUUAAUAACCCUAAUUUGAUUAGAAAUAACGUUUAUUAACAUGCCAAUAUAAUUAUUUACAAAGUAUAUGAAAUAGAUUUAAUAUCAAUACUUACAGUGAAAUUUACGAAUCUCCUAAAUCAAAGAUGGCGACGUUUCUAUUUAAUUUGUCUGGUAUCCAAACAGAGCCUUGAUGUUCUAAGGCAAAGGGCACUACACUAUAGGCUAUGUAACUGAUGAGACAUUUAUA